UGCAAACACAGUUGCGUUCGUUCGCAUUGGUAGCAGCAGAUGUUUGGAAACGAAAUUCGUUCCAUUAACAGGGUCCAGUUGAGAUGUCCAGUUGAAUGGCACGAAACCUGGACAUCUCCUAACGGAUACCACAGGUUACACCAUUCGAAAGCUGCUGGUGAUGAAGGAUUCUAUCUAUGUGCCUCCAGUAGCUACAAUAGCAUCAAUUCAAGGAGAGGUAUUCCAGCUUCACACAAUCCAAUGACUGACCUCAUGGGGGCAUACACGACCUCAGAAAUAUUUGGGGCCGUGCAAGACGUGCUGUUUCUCCAUACGGCAAUGCCACAGUUCACAGCUCGUUCUUCAGGAAAAGAGGCUCAACAAGCUAUGGCGUUCCAUGGCAAUCACCGGCAUCCUAACAGAUCCACCACACGCACUUCUGAUACCCACUAUCAUAGAACGGUUCUUGAGAUGAAGCCACGGUUUUCUGCUGAAAAUGGACAAUGGCUUUUAAGCAACGGUGUAGGUAGACUCUGCAGCCCUCGCCACCUUUGUUAAUCAGUUCCUUUCAGGAACGACAUGCUGAACAUGGA